AUGAAAAUGAAGAUGCCCGACAACAACAUUGGCGGAAGCAGUUCAAACAGCUAUACACACAUCACGAUAAAUGCUGCCAAUGUGAUUAAUCGGGGUGGUGGAGGAGACGCUGAUACGGCGCGCAACACCGGAGUCCAGUAUCCGCACGAUCCUUACGAUUCGGACGCGGACAGUUUGAGCACACCACCGAAUGAGGAAAGCGGCACUGGUCCCGCGGACGAUUUCGCAGAGUAUAUGUGGAUGGAAAACGAGGAUGAGUUCGAUAUGCAAGAGCUGCAGCGACUGGAGGAGGAAGAGCUGAUGGACCAGUGCAUUGAGGCGAUGAUGAUGGAUGAAAUGGCUUCGGCCGAAAUUAUGGCAUCGACAACUUUGGUCGGAAACGUACCGAGGGAAAGCGGGUUGGUGAACAUUUUGUCGAGUUUACAGCUCGACAAAGACCAGCAGCAGCAGCAGUUGAUCCGUCAGCCUAAGGAUGUGAACGUUGAGAAAUCGACGCUAAACCCGUUGGCCGCCGAAUUUGUGCCAUCGUUCGUACAGCGAACUCUUGUCGCACCAACGUCUUACUGA